AUGCCGUUAUCGUCUGACGUCGCUGAAAGGCAAGUUGUCAACAAUGAAGCACGAGUAGAAGGCCAGAAGGACGACAAACUAGACGAUCCAUGGUUUGUCUAUACUGGAGGUAACCAGGUGGUUCCCAUAGAUGUUUUCCUAGUAAAAAUCGACCCAGGCUGCAAGAGAAUCGAAAAGAAGGCCUUUGCCGAUCGAAAAAAGCUUGUAGAGGUGGAAUUCUCUGAAGGGCUCGACGAAAUCUGCAAAGAAGCCUUUGAAGGAUGUAGAGGUCUACAAUACAUCAUCACGGCAUCAACGCUGACAAAAAUUGGCGCGAAGGCGUUCGCUGGUUGCACCCUGUUGAAAGAAGUGGUAUUCUCGGAAGGGCUCGUAACUAUCUGCAAUGGGGCCUUUAGGGGAUGCGAAUCGCUGAAAUUCAUCAAAACACCAUCAACACUGAAGACCAUUGGUCCAUAUGUGUUCUGUGGCUGCCACAAUAUCAAAUAUGUCGCAUUGAAUGAACGCCUCGUGACUAUUUCUACGGCAGCCUUUCGCGAUUGUGUAGCCUUCGAAUAUAUGUAUCUCCCCUCUACAGUAUCAAAGCUUUGUUGCUCAGCAUUUUCGGGGUGCAGUAAUCUGAAAGAGGUUGUUCUGAGUCUAUCCUUGGAGAAAGUCGCCAAGGACACUUUCAAGAAUUGCAAGAACUUGGAUUUGAUUGUGAUGCACGAUAGUACUGAGUUGGAUGAUGGUGCAGUCCCCGAAUCGAAGAUGGGAAAGAUUAUCACCAAUGACUACGAAGAAGUUUCGAAAAAGGUCCUUGAGAAUGUAGAGAAAUUGAUUGUGGUGGAAAGCAACAGGCAGCCGAUCGAGGAUGUGAAGCCACCGAUUGCACCGGCCGCUAAUGAAGUAUUAGCAUCAUCUGCAGAAACUUUGGAUAACAGGGAUGUGUUGAAGGAGAAAGGGAAGGAGCUUGCAGAGGAGAAAGCCGACUUGGACAAAGCAACAGAAGAACUCAAACAAGAGACUGAACUCAUACGAAAGGCAUACGAAGCGAAACUAAGUGGUAUGGAACCGAAGCUCCACAAGUUGAACACUGAAAAGGCAGAGAUUACUGGCGAAUGUCGCGCAAUCAAGGCAGAAAAUGCGAGAUUGCAAGAUAGGCUCCAGAAGUCUGACGAAAGGUAUGGUGCUUUACAAGAGGAAACGAAAAGAUUGCGGUCUGAAUUGCCUAGUUCUCGCGCGCAGUCAAACUCGGAGUCUGCUGUUGACGACGUUGAAUGGAGGCGAUCUCGGAAGCGUCAGAGAUCAUCAUGGUUGUGGCCUUUCUGGAGUUUACAGCCUACCGAAACAACAACUGUCAUUCGUCAUGGGAGGUAA